UUUACCAAAACGCAGCGUUCUUCGACACUACCUUUCAAAUAAUAAUAACAUAAGUCUUUAAUAAGUGUUAAUAAUGUGGUAGUAGCGUUUAUGGUAAUACGUUUUAUUAUAAUCAUAAGUAUAUAAAUCUGGCGUAUAUCAAGAUAAAAAUAAAAUCUUAACCUCUCUGCAUAUAGUCGAGCAGUAUUUAAAUAGUAUUGUUAAAUUUUGUCAAUCUCGCAGAGAUUUACAGUGACGUAUUAUUGGUGUUAAUGGUGUAAAAGAGGCCGUUUAUUUGAAUUAAGAAUGGUGCCCAUGGGCCCAUCACCUGUACAUACAGGCCAUCAAAUUCAUGCAAAUCAGCCAGCAGCUAAUGCAAAUCAAUCUUCGCUAUCAAUUCAAAGUAGUGGUAACAACAAAACUGGUGGAGCGAAACCAAAUUAUACGCUGAAGUUUACCUUGGCAGGACAUACGAAGGCGGUGUCUUCUGUGAAAUUUAGCCCGAAUGGCGAAUGGCUUGCUAGCUCAUCUGCUGAUAAACUAAUUAAAAUAUGGGGAGCUUAUGAUGGUAAAUUUGAAAAAACCAUAUCUGGACAUAAACUUGGUAUAAGUGACAUUGCUUGGUCUAGCGAUAGUAGAUUAAUUGUCAGCGCUAGUGAUGACAAAACACUAAAAAUUUGGGAACUAAGUUCUGGAAAAUGUUUAAAAACCCUUAAAGGGCAUAGUAAUUAUGUUUUCUGCUGCAACUUUAAUCCCCAAAGUAAUUUGAUUGUAUCUGGAAGUUUUGAUGAAUCAGUUCGUAUUUGGGAUGUUAGAACAGGAAAAUGUCUAAAGACUUUGCCAGCUCAUUCAGAUCCGGUAUCAGCAGUGCAUUUUAAUCGAGAUGGAUCAUUGAUAGUUUCAUCAAGCUAUGAUGGUUUGUGCAGAAUAUGGGAUACAGCAUCUGGUCAAUGUUUGAAAACUUUAAUUGAUGAUGAUAAUCCACCUGUUUCAUUUGUUAAAUUUUCACCAAAUGGAAAAUAUAUACUGGCUGCAACUCUUGAUAACACAUUAAAACUAUGGGAUUAUUCAAAAGGAAAAUGCCUCAAAACUUACACAGGACAUAAAAAUGAAAAAUACUGCAUAUUUGCUAAUUUUUCAGUUACAGGUGGCAAGUGGAUAGUUUCUGGUUCUGAAGAUAGUAUGGUUUACAUAUGGAAUCUGCAAAGUAAAGAGGUAGUGCAAAAAUUACAAGGACACACGGAUACUGUUCUCUGCACAGCUUGCCAUCCAACAGAAAACAUUAUAGCUUCAGCAGCUCUUGAAAAUGAUAAAACAAUCAAAUUAUGGAAAAGUGAUACAUAAGUAAUAAAAACUAACUUUGGAUUUUAUUAUAAAGAUUGAAUAAUUUUCAUUAUAUAUAAUCACCUGUAAUUAGUUCAUGUAAUUAC